CAAGAUAUAAGCGCGGAACCUUAUGAAGGAAGUUGUGUUACUCCAGAAUAUUUCACAUCAUGGCUUCUUCGUUUAAUAGUUAAUAAAAAAAAGAGAGCCAGUUUUAUGGAGCGGGCACUCUUAAAAUAUUAUACAGAUUUACAUGUAUUUUUCCAGUGACACAUCGUGUGUUGUUUAUUCGUAAGUAGAAAACAGGUGACGCUGUGGUAGCUUUAGCACAGGGGAAGAACAAGAAGCAGCCCACACCAUAACAACAACGUGGUUUUAUAGAAGCUACUGCUGCUUGCUGACUUUAUUUACAAUGAAGCAACAGCCCGAAAACCAGCAGCAGCCCUCUCUCUAUUUAGAUGUUUGCUGUCAAAACGAGGAGCCGCGCCUUCCCCUGCACACCUCCAUCGUCCUGUUCCUCCUUUCCUACUGCGAGUGCAAGUUUUUUAAAGUUUACCUGGUCUUCAAGAAACCCAGCAGCUCCGAGUCUCUGAGAAGUCAGCUGCCAGAGCAUCUGGACUCCUCUGAUGUUCAGUCAGAGGCUCUGCCUCAGCUGGUGAGGGACUGUCGCCUCCCUGCUGUUUUGGAUGAGACUGGGCAGCUCUGCAGGGCAGGAUUGGCAGUGGUCCUUAGACAUAUUAUCAACAAAACCAUCGAGGCUGACCCCUCCAGAAAUGAUGUACUGGCUCUGCUGGGUUUCAAGAAGACUUGUCUGAAAGCCUGUGCCGAGGUGAGCCGGUGGACUAGAUUGUGUGAAAUUGAAAUCCCCUCUGCUGUUGAAGAACACCUCCAGAAUCCCGCAAAUGAUGAUCAGCAGGUGCCCCUCUCCAUUCUCACCCUUGAGCGAAGGCUCGCAGAGCCUGUCAGAGUCCACAACGAUGACAAAAUACGAAGGCGGAAACUCCAGGAGCAGAGACGCGAAGAGUCUGCUGAAACCCAAGAGAACCUGGACUCCGAGUCUGGGCUUGGACAGUCGUCUCAGGCCUGUGAUGGACUUGAGCUCAGAGCAGCUUUGGCCAAACUGUCUGUGGAUUCAGUACCAGCUUUAACCACCAGAGAGAACUCUGAGAUCAGGAAAGUGAAGACUGCAGAUUUGCCUCCGUUGGAGCAUGUGUUUGCUGAGGGACUGUACUUCACUCUGACUGAUGUGGUGCUGCUCCCGUGCAUUUAUCAGUAUCUGUGUUCCCUCCAAGCCCAUGCUGCCGCCACUCUACAUCAUCUCCCCCACCUACUACGCUGGUACGGCCGUGUCCAGGAGGUACCGGGGGUGCUUCGGGCAGCCAACGCUUGUGGGCUACUUCUGUCCAUACCACAGGCUCCCACGUCUGGACUCCCAAUUCUCUCAGCAGAGGACAACAAACACAGUCUACCGGUGGAAGAGGAAGAAGGCCGGGAGAUGGCCCCAGAGGUUCCUUUUGUCGGCGGCCCAAGGCCCACAAUGACUAAACUCAAAGAAAAUGGCAUCGAGGCAGUCUUCACUCCUCAUCCUUGCCCUUCCUGGACCCUCCCAUGGGAAAGCUUACCAGGAGCGAUCAACCCUACUGAAGGGAAAAUGUCAAAUAUCCGUGCAGUCAGGAAGAUGCAACAGCUGAAUAACUUGGUUGCCAGGGUUACAGAGCUCGCCAGGCCAGGAUACACCAUCGUGGAUUUCUGCAGCGGAACGGGCCACGUAGGGAUUGUUCUUGCUCACACACUUCCAGACUGCCAGGUCAUCCUCAUAGAGAACAAAGAAGAGUCCUUGGUCAGGGCUCAGAGUCGCAGUGCUGAGCUCGGUCUGAAAAAUAUUGGCUUCAUUCAGGCCAAUCUGGAUUACUUCACUGGACCUUUUCACAUCGGGGUCGCCCUUCAUGCAUGUGGCGUUGCAACAGAUAUGGUAAUGGAGCAUUGCAUCCAUGCCGGAGCCGCCUUUGUUAUUAGUCCUUGCUGCUACGGCUUCAUCCAGAAUGCUGUGAAGUUCAGCUUCCCCAAGAGCAAAAGGUUCCAAGAUACUCUCACAUCUAAGGAACACAUGAUCCUCUGUCGCUUCGCAGACCAGACGGCUGUCCAGCUUCCGCCAGACAGGAGACUCAUUGGUAAACAGUGUAUGGGCUUGGUAGACUUGGAUCGGUCAUGGGCAGCAGAGACUCAUGGGUAUUCGGUUCGAGUAAUGACUAUGGAGCCUGAAAGCUGCUCACCAAAGAACAACAUGCUGGUGGGAAGGCCGCUGCAGAAGAGUGGACUGGAAGUCACCGCUGGCCGACUGGAAGAGGCAGUGCAUAAUUAGCGCUUGAUUCUCUGGUGUACAGCAGAACGUCUUUAGCAUUGUCAGGGUUUGAUAAACUAUCCGGCUUCUGGCUGUAUCACGAAUGUUUUUUUCAACCACCCUCAACAAUUUACUUUAUUUAUGUUUUUUUACAAGCUCAGUUUUAACUGCAGAAAAUACAUGUUUAUUGUUUCUGUACUGUCAAAGGUCAUCUUAAAGUUUCUUUCAGGCUAAACGUUAAAGCAACCAUGCCAUUAAACCCCACCCCCCCGAGAGUUACACACUUUAGUUAAAGAGCCCUGAUCAUCUGCCGCUUAGAUGCAGCAAAAGUGCUCAAGCCUCUCCCCGACUGCAGUGCUAUGUUUUAUCUUUGCCUAAACUGCGUGACUCAAGCUGUCAGCGCACACAGAACCAGCAGGACUUGGCACACCCAUAUUGUGAAUGAAGUAUGACAUACGUCCUCAUGCUGUUUUUGCAAAUAGUCUGUAUACAGCCUUCUGGGAUAGCGCUCAGCAGUCAGCUACUUCUGAUUAACACAAGAAAUUCAAUGCUAACAGCUCGUGCGCAUUUAAAGACGAGGUGAGGAAUCGCCUCGCUGUCAUCUCACCUACGUUUCUUCUGUUUGUUGUUUUCUUUUUUCUUGCGAGAGACAGUCAGAGGUGGAUUUAAACUCGAGUCACAUCGGGUAAUAUACAGUGUGGCAUUUGUCAUGGUUCUACAGAGGAACCUGAUUAUUCCUCAUAAAAAAGCAAUGCGAGUAUGGUAUGCAUUCUGGAAUACUUUCAGCAGUAAUGAAUAUUUUAUGAAGCUGGUGAAAAGGUCAGCGCGCUUGAUUAGACGCGCGGUGUUCAGAGCCUCGUAACUGGAAAUCACACAGCGCGCUCCGUAUUUCCAGUCCCGGUAACUGUAGACACAGUGAGGCACCUUAAGCUCUGAGUCUUGCAUCUGAAACUCAUCGUGUGUUUCUCUGGAAAAAAAGAAGAAAAAACUCCAGUGUUGUCACCUUUGACAGUCUGAUGCAGCUGCUUGAGAAAUCUGGGGAGGUAGCCAAGGAGCCAGUUUUUCCCACUCCCACUGAAGGGAUAGAUGUGAGACAGAUGCAGGCCUCACAGACGUCAGGCUCAUCUGAAUUCAGUCAGCAGAGUCAAUCUAUCCCGAGGUGAAUGGCCACAGACACAGCUCCUUCCAAGGAUCGGAAUUAUUUCAGAAGUCUACUCCCUGUUCAUGCUUGUGGCGCCGCACAAGUGCACAUUACAGAAAUUCAUAUACAUACAAAAGAGGGGAACAGUGGCACUACUCAAAGUGUGCAUCGGAAGGAGAAUACAGAGGGUGAAGGCAGUUGACUUAAAGUAAACACAACAGAACAGUAACAGUGGAUUCUUUGCUUGGAUUAAACAGAUGAGCUGUUAUUGGCUCAUUUUCAUCUAAAUGCAGAGACGCUCUUUUCUAAUGAUUCACCUCCUGAAACCUUUCUGCGAAUGCAUUACAGAUUCGCUCACAUAUUUAGCUAAAUGCAUUUUUUAUUUGCGUAAUUAGAGGACUGACCUCGAUACAAAAGUCAACUACAUGUGAGUAAAAUAACCUGCGACUACACAGAAGUUGUAUGCAUAGGUUAUUGCUAUGUAAUCGGAGGUGUUUUCUUUAUGUAGUUGCUAAUAAUGAGAUUUAGAGCAUAAUUUUAUACUUAAAUUGGGUUUAGAAUUUUAACCAUUGGAUGAUGAUUUGAGGGGUUUUUCGGGGGGGGGGCUCUUUCAGGAAAUGAUGGAGCUGGAGUUGUUUUGCUAACUUCACCUUAUUAGUUAAUUAAAAAUUCAGCUCAUUUCUUGCGUUUUUGCCAAUAGUUUUCUAUUUCAUUAUGCUGCAGAGUUUGUGGCUGGUUGCCCACAACAGCUCACUGCUCCAUAUUUGGGUACACUCUCUGUUGGUGUCAAUUAUCCUCUUUGACAAACACUGACCUUGUUUAUGUGUCUUGGGUUAACACAGCAGCCAGUCAUAACGAGUCCAUGUGAAAGAGGUACAAAGGGAUUUUUCCUGUGUCCUCUGUGAUCUUAAAUAUCUCACUCUCUCUUUUAUAUUUUACCUGUGUGAACUAUAAAAUGUGUUUCAGUUGACUUGCAUAAUUUUCUAAUAAACAGCACUGAGUUUAAUUA